AUGCUGCUGCUGAUCGACAACUACGACAGCUUUACUUACAACCUUUAUCAGUAUCUGACCGAGCUGGGUGCUGAAGUAGACACGCACCGCAACGACAAGAUCACCCUGAACGAUAUCGAAGACCUGGCCCCCGACGGCAUCGUGAUCUCGCCCGGCCCCUGCACCCCAAUGGAAGCGGGAAUCUCCAAUGACGUGAUCCGCCGUUUCGGGCCCACGGUCCCGACGCUGGGUGUGUGCUUGGGACACCAGUGCAUAGGCUACGUCUACGGCGCCAGGGUCGACAGGGCAGGCGAAAUCCGCCACGGCAAGACAUCAAUGAUUCACCACAACGGUGCGGGGGUUCUCAGCGGUCUCCCGGAUCCCUUCGAAGCCAUCCGCUACCACUCGCUCGUGGUCUACCCGGAAACUGUCCCCGACACGUUGGAGGUCACCGCCCGUUCCGAAAACGGCCUGAUUAUGGGCAUCCGGCACAAGGAACACCCGGUGGAGGGUAUACAGUUCCACCCAGAGUCCAUAAUGACCCCCGACGGCAAAGCUCUGCUACAGAAUUACCUAAACCAGGUGUCUGCGCACAAUAGAACGGAGUUGGAGCAACUAACCUUGGACAUUCGCGAAGGAAUAGACCUGCUCGUUUCUGGGCAGUCACUGACUAUGGAGCAGGCUGCAUUGGCAAUGCGGCAGAUCAUGCAGGGCGAGGCAACCCCGGCCCAGCUAGGCUCCUUCCUUACCGCGCUGCGACUCAAAGGCGAGUCCACCGAGGAAAUCGCAGGCAUGGCCACAGUCAUGCGCGAGUUCUCCCUCAAGGUUCACGUUGAAGGAACUGUUGUGGAUUCCGUCGGCACUGGGGGAGAUGGCUCCGACUCGUUCAACAUUUCCACUGCCGCCGCGCUGGUGGCAGCGGGCGCCGGUGUUCGCAUCGCCAAGCAUGGCAACCGCGCAGCCUCAGGACGCUGCGGCGCCGCCGAUGUCCUGGAGGCCCUCGGAGUGCGAAUCGAACUGGCACCCGAAGGCGUGGAACGCUGCAUCAACGAGGGUGGCAUCGGUUUCAUGUUCGCCCAAGCCUUCCACCCCUCAAUGCGCUACGCCGGUCCGGUACGCCGCGAGAUAGGCAUCCGCACCGUCUUCAACAUCCUCGGCCCGUUAACCAACCCUGCGGCCGCCCAGCGCCAGCUCAUCGGCGUUGCCUUCCCUCAGCUCGGCGAGAAAAUGGCCGAGGUGAUGCGGCUCCUCGGCUCGGAGCGGACCCUGGUGGUCCACGGGAAGGGCGGCCUCGACGAGAUCGCCCUGGACGGCGACACUACAAUCUGGGAACUCCACGAUGGAGAGGUGGAGAACUGGACGUUCCGUCCCGACGCCACAGGUCUCGGACGCUGGGGCAUAGAAGACCUGCGCGGUGGAGACCGAGAGGCUAACGCAAAAGACCAUGCACAAUUUGCUGAACGGCACGGGCGGCCCCAUCCGCGACGCAGUGCUGCUUAA